UUUUCUUUUUGCAAUUUGAAUAGGUUCCACAGCACUUUCCGCUCUCUUUUUGCUGGCGUUCUCUCUGGUAUUAUUUGGCCGCCAGUCUCCUUUGAACCCUCGUUCUGGGCGAGUGGUCUCGGUUUUGGUCGGCAGCUGUCAAAACGGACACACCCAUAUGAAAAGGGUAAUGGAAUUGGGGCUUGGCAUUGCCCUCAUAAAUAUGGUCUUAACACUUGUCGCUAUGGGAAGUGCAUGGAAAAACGGCCCGCUUUUGAUUGGAGCGUAUUCGCUCUAUUUAUUUCUCAAUGUCUUUCUCUGUGCACGCCUGAUAAAGGGCGAUCUUUAUGUCAUCAUAUUGUGGUUCCCUUUUACGAUUGUUUUGUUGUUCUACAGGAUAUUUUGCAUUGACAAAUACCAAUAUGGGCCAAUCUAUAUACUUACCAACUAUUUUAUGGGCGCAUCUCUUAUUAUGAUGGCAGUAGUUUACUUGGUACUUGGAAGUAAGAAAUCUAAUGAAAGGGCCAAGCCAGUUCUGGAAACGGUUAGCUGCAAACCGACAACAAAUCAAACAGAAACGAGCACCAAGCCGGCUACAUUACUUAUGCCUAUGGUCAGCAGACCAACUGGCUGGAGAGAAAAUCUAUAUUAUGCUGAACCGAUGGAAAACCGAACAUGCCACGAAUACCCACGCUUGGGUUGGCUACCUCAUCUGUACCCAGACUCGAAUAAGCCAUUUGAUAGGUUUAUGCCCAGCGCACCGGAGCCAAGCACCGCUGCUUCAGAUGAUAAUCAAUGCAAUCCAUUCGAUUUCAACCGCGGUGAUAACAAUGAUAAGGAAAUCUGCUGCGAUAAGGAAAACUGCUGCGAUAUGGAUACCUGCUGCGUCAAUGGUGCCGAUGGCGGGAACUAUGAUUGUGGAGGCGGGGACAACGAUUAUGGUGGCGGCAACGAUGAUUAGAGUACAAUGUGGAACUCGAAUAAUACUCGAAUAUUACCUCAAACUCGGAAGUGUUUACUUAAAACAAAUAGUCAAGCAUUUAUAUUUACAUUUUUAGUUUUUAACAAUGGAAUACUGUGCCUUUAAUCGUCACCGAUAGACUAUUAGGAUAUUAUCCUUCGAAACUCAAGAAGCCAAAUAAUAUACCUCAAAUGAUUUUUUUAGUUUUAUAUUAUUUGUUGUUUUUGCAAUAGCAA